AUGAGCCGCGACUUCGAAGCUGGCGUCGUUCGUUCUCACCAUUGCUGCGUGUUCGGCCAUCCGCGUCAAAAGAAGUAUUUCGGUUCAUUUGACAUAGUUGAUUUGCCCACGUCCGCAUCAGACCCGGCUACCGACAUCAGCUGCUUCUUGCCGUGGCAACGGGUCUUUCAACCUCAUAAUUUGGCGCCUUAUGGAUACAUCAGGUUUGUGUGCGACUCCAAAUCCAAGGGGUGUCAAAAGUGGCUGACGGCUUCUGGAACGGUCUUAACAUAUGGAAUAGCUAGCCAAAAUUUUAGGGCCGGUUGGAUUUCGUUUCUGCGAUAUGCAUGUGGCGGCCUAGCGACUACAUCCUAUAAAUACUGCAACACCUAGGCAACUUACGACCUUCAUAUGACUCUGCCUAUCAUGAUGGAUUCGAACGAGAAUCCGAAACGUCAGGCUAAUAACGCUCUUGUUCCAGCGAUUUUGUCUCUCUAUAUCUUCCCAGAACUUGCCUUUCCGCUUUUCUUGCCGAACUAACUUGUGUUCCAAACGUAAAGUCUUUAUGCAUUUGAAAUCUAUUUUAUUUUUAUAAACCACAGAAGAUAAGGGACAUCUUUCACAGCAGGCUUCGACAAACUGUACGGUUCAAACUCCACUAAAUUAAUUUUUGAGACGAUUUUUUUCUAAAAUUUUGUCUUUAAUACCUAGCACUUUAGUCGUCCUUUAUUCGUCGGCAACUAUAAUUUGACGGAGGCUGUCCUCCAGUUUUUAAGGUCCGUGACUCUGAGUACUCGUCAGAGACCAUCAGAACAUUUCGCAGUCUUUAUAAUCAGUCCACAGGCAGUCAUUGUCAUUUGUGUACAGAAGAUCUCAAAAGAUGUUUACCGAAAUUUUGAAAUCUGCUACCGAAGGAGCCUGCUCCUCUUCCAUUUGAAGUAGCAGAUUAAUUAACUGGAGUGUCAAUGUGUCUGUCAGACUCUCGAAACGCGUGAAAACCAAGACAACGCGGGAAAACCCCCUCCUGUUAAGGAAACCGGGAUGAACUUGAAAAAAUUACUUGUCUAUAUAAAACCGGAUCUGUAAAGUGAGUUGACCGGUGGUAUUUUCCUGCAAUUCGCCCAGACAAAUUUUGGCCUGCAUUUUCUGUCUUAAGGAAAGGCUUUUAUGUCACUUGAGGGCUGGCAGGAUGAUUGCCUGUCUUACGUAGUCCGCAGAAGAAUGGAAUAAAAAAUUUCGUUAAUGUGUUGUUUUCAAACGUUUGGAGGGAUGACUUUAAAGGCAGAUGUUUAAAUACGCCCGAGCAAAUAAAACAAAUUAACGAAGAGUAUCGGCAUCACUUAGUGCCGAUUUCGUCGGCAAAGACAUAAGAAACCAAAUGCUAACGGCUCGCUGUCAUCAAAAUUUACAUUAGUGACGCAGUAUGUCUGAGUUUUUAAGCUCACAGAUGAGACAAAAUUAAGGAAUAAAAUCGGUGAUAGGACUGUCGGCGCUUCUCAAUGGGUUAUCGGUUUACCUAUAUGAGAGGUACUCUCUGGACAUUAGGAUUUAUCGUGAACUGGUGUUCAUGCUUGCCAAUAAUUUAUUAAAUGCUUCUUAAGCUUUUCGUCGAAAAUCUUCCGUGCAUGGAAAGGUCCAGUUGAACACCCAAUUUUCACUUUGCUUUUCUAAACCAUCACAAGUUUUUAGAUUACCUCCCCCACUAUAAAAUGCCCUAGCCUGGAGAGGCACGGUCAGGGGCCUACCUAACAAUUUAUCUUUCAUCAUCUGCUGCAUUAUUUUUGAUCAAUUGUCAAUGUCGGCUCAGGUUGCAAUGGGAGUAGGUUAAGUAGAGUGGAAAAGUGAGUUUAAAGUCCACGCUCUGACGUCUAGACAAAAUUUUGCUGAGACAAAAUGUCGUUGUUAGGGCAACAAAGAAAGGCACUUUACUUGCCAUAAGGGAGGCAAAAAAAAAACAAUGCAAUAAACAGAGAAUUCUGCCACCACCGAAAUUAUUAGAAGGAGGAGGACAAUGAAACGAAAUCUUUUGUCAUUUGGACUUUUACGGCAUUCUAGCUCACUGUACUCUCGUCUUUGUUUUCUCUUAAGUGCAUUUUCGGGAUGACGCUACUGCAAUGAUUACCGGAGCACACACCCAACGUUAUACUACAAAAGAGUUUGGGUAGCAGAAAUAACGAGAACUUUUAUGUAGCCAUCGAGUUAGAACAAAAAUUUCAGUUAUGUUUUCACUCUUUGUCAUUUCGCACACACACAGGCUUUUAAAGGCAAUUAGCAUCGGGUAUUGACCAUCACUCUUUGGUCGCUUACAAAGACAAAACCCGACAAACAAUGACAAAAUAGAUUAACUGAUAUUUUGUUUUGAUUUUUGAUUCUUCCCCUAUGGUAUUAAACGCAAACCCAACUUUAAUUCGUAGGGGAAACGCUUUUAUCUCCAUAUCCUGUUCAGGGAUCAUAUAAGUCCGUUCUACUUGUGUUUCUUACGCGGAAAAUAUAAGGCUUGCCGGUUUGUAAUUCUAAAUGCAAAUUCAACGGCAGGUCAGAUCAAAAUCAUUAGUUUAUUAGAAAAUCAAAGCGGAAAUCAUGUACGCUCUAAGGGUCUUACAUCUUGUCCAGGAUUGGCUGGCUCCGUCUCAACAAGCUGAUUUGAUAUUAACUUAAACAUUUUCCUAUUCUGCGAUUCGCAUAAGGAAUCUCGAUACUCAGAUACACGGUUAGGCAUCCUGUUGUCUUCCGACGGUAAAAAAAGUCACCGGGGGGCGUUUAAGUAUCACUUAACCUUCCUGCUUCCUGAACAAUGUUUCCUAGCACUUUCGUCUGGUUGUCUUUACGAUCAUCUUAAGAUUACAGAAGGGUACAUUUAUUGCGGAUGGAAUAAUGGUUUUUGGCGCACACUCUCCCCCCUCGACGCAGUAUCGGUGCUAGCAUCACAGCAUGGAAAUUUAAGAAAUGUUCGUCUGCGAGACGAAGGCCUAGUCUAGACAGCAAGGAAGGGUUUUUUUAGUCGCCAUGAGGGCAUUUAUCCAUAAAACGCAACAAACAAAAAUCCCCACUGGGAACGACAUCAAACCUGAUAAUUCCAAUUAAAAUGGCGGAACUUUACAUCGAAACGCGUUUUCAUGUGCGAGUUUUCCAUCUUCCAAUUUACUACAGCCUGCUCAGAAUUACAAUUUCAGGCUUAUGCUGUGCCCAGGAUUUCUAGAGUCUAUAGCUUAAAUUAACAUUUUAUAAUUAUCUAUUUAUGAUUAAAGGAAAUGUUUUUGUUCAGGUACAAGAACAGGAAGAAUCCUUCUCGCACUGUUAAGGAGUGCCAUGAACCCGUUUUAAAAAUUAUUUGCCAUUUAAAUGUCUACGCUUGGUCUUUUCACAUGCUUUUGUUGGACGGCUUGAGCAACGACGCUAUUUCUAUAACAAAAUAAGGCAUUUGAAUGAGCGGAACACAACAAAAUUUUGACAGGAAUCCUUGGCUAUUUUUUUCUCAAGUUCAAUUUCUCACCUAAAUAUAUUUUAUCGGGUGUUCCAUUGGUCGUUUGAGGUUCAGUUUUGGGAAACGUAAUUUCUACAAAAAACUGGCAGAGUCUUAAGAGCUAGGUUUUUGAGUCUUUUUGAAUCUAGUCAACAUUCGCUGUCAGAUAAAACCUCUGAUUUCUUGCGGUUGGUAAAAUUUUAACCAAGCGCCUUUCUAGUAUAAAAAUCGUGAACUCAAUAUCAUGUUUAAUCACGAAACUUCUACCCCGCCCGCCACCUCUAGACGGUGGUGACUAUUCGUGUUACAGAUCUGUCGACCUACAAACAUGCACUCAAAGUUUAUCAUAGACAAAAGUGUAGGUCUAGCUUUGACGCAAACUCCCUUAGUAUAUUUCGCCAAAUCCGGAUCGAUACUUCACUAAUUUUAACGAAUUGCAUAAAGGUACAAAGAGCAACUAACCGUCGAAUUUUUCUGUUUGACAUCGUAAGUGUUUCAAACGAACUUACUCACGAUAAAAACACGGCAGUAAAUAUAUCCGCAUAUCCUGAAUUCUUGACUAUUUUCUGAUGAAUUAAAGUGGAUGCUUUAUUGGCAGUAAAAACAUGCCUGCCUCGAUUUUGCUUGCUUAACUAUUCCGACGGCUGCACGAAUUUAAGGCAUUCCUUUGUUACGAGCUGGGUUGCGACUGCAGGUCCCUGCAGGCUGGUUAUAGAUGGCGAAAUAUUCGAGAAAAUUGGAAAAAAUUCAACACUCAAACGGUGUUUGUCCGCACACCUACCCUUCUAUUUGGGAGAAUUUUAAAAGAAAUGCUUGAGAAACAUUUUUUCGAAACUCCCCAUAAAUGUAGUCUUUUCCCCUAUCCACCGGUUUUUAUCCGACCACUUGUGCUUUUAGAGCGAAUGUCUUAUGAGUCUAUAGACCCUCGUUCGCUUAAUCGAUUUUUCGAUUUUUGUUAUAAUCUUCUUGCAGCCAUCGUAAUCCGCCUAGCAGACAGCCAUAAUCUAACUGAGUUCCGACGGCCACAUUCUGCCUGGGGAGAGGGGAAUGAAGUAGAUGCUGUGAAACCUCACCUCACAAUAAGGAAAUUCUUGCGUAAGCCAUCAAAGUUUGUGCAACCACUAGAGCAGAGGUGCGUAUCAUCCUUUUAAGGUCCAGCCUUCGUUAUUACGGUGGUUGUCAUUGUUAAAUGUGCGCGGAAACGCCGGUUCGUCAAUCUGUUUCAAAAGAGGAAGACUCUGUUACAAUGUACAAAUUUCCGAAAUAACAAAAGACACUUUCAGGAUAUUAGAGAGUGGUUGAAUGAGUAAGUUGGUUUGUUUGUCGCAACUGUGUUCUGGAAACUCAUGCAUGGAAGGAUCUACCUCCAAGCUGCGCUUCAAUAAACUUGCGCAGUUGACGUUUGCCGAUAUGUCCGCACGGACAACGGCUUUCUACUGCCUUAAACCGACGCAACGUUGCAGACAACAGAGGAAAUAGUUGCAAAGGGCGUAAAUGUAGCAUCUUGAAUGGUCGUCAAUAGUUUUGUUUCUUAACAGCUACUCCCAUUGAAAUAAUAAUAGUUCAAUAAUAAGGCCUAGCUGUACUUAUGGCCAUGUUAACUUUAGCAAUUGCCGUUACGUUGUUCGAAAACGUGCCUAAGUAAAACCGAGACACGAUGGAAACCGCCUUUUUGUGCGGUUCAUGCGCUGGUAAGGCAAAGCUUAAAACCUGGUAAAUGUCUGCACACGUUGUCACUGGAGUCAGAAUGAAUCCUAGAUGAGUAUUAUGGUUAAACGCUUCCGCACGAUACUUUUUAACAGUUAAUGCAUCUUAUAGAGCCAUAAGCACCAAUUCAUGGGUGAUGGGGUAUAAUGAAAUAAACUGUUACGUUGAGCUAUCUUCAUUCUAUGCAUGAAACAGACAACUAUUUUUUUAAAUUGUCUUGCUACAAAGUGUUGCUGCAAAAAUUUGUGUAUUGCAAAAUGCCCGUAUUAUGCACGCUUUCAACGAAAUUUAUUUAAAGUGAACGUAAAGCAAUAAAGUACUUAUUCGGAUGCAUGUCAAAUUGCUUCUCAAUCAAGACGCGUCCGGAUUAACUUGAGGUAGCUUAAUCCGCAUAGGGAUUUUGCCCACGGAAAUCCGCUUAGGAGGAUUUUUACAUAACAGUCCAGAAAAUCGCAUUUAUCCUGCAUUCGUAGGCGUCAAACUGCUUUAUCUAAAGCGAAUGGCUUUUUCGCUUUUUGCGCAGGACAUGCUUUUUGUGUUAGAAGACAUCAUUUGCCCGUGAAGAUGUUAGAAAAACACAAUUUACUUAUUGAUAUCCCCCAAUAAAAUUGCUGUAUGAACUGACCCUAAUAUUUUUUUAAACUUCAAAUUAAGAAACGUUUUAUAUGCAAAAAAGCUUAUCCCAGUUCGUUGCCAAACGAGUAUAAGAGAGAGUAUUUUAAUAUAUGCUUUCUGUAAAAUAUCUGAAUUUUUAAAGGCAUCCAGAUUAAACAAAAAAUAUUUUCAGCUGAACCGUUUGUAACAACCAUAAUUGUUUGUAUUCGAGCUAAAGGUCACUCAUUCAAGUUCCAGCAUCCCGGUAUGACGGCAAUGUCUUGAGAUUAUGCAGCAUGAUAAUCCCUAUAAGAACACCACUUGGGAAUUUAUUUCUAGUCAAAAGUCCUUUCAGAUUUUUUGUUAGCAUUUCCUGUGACAGGCCAGCUUCGGUAUUUGAAUACGUGGCUCUCGAUGAUGAUGAUGAUGAUGAUGAUGAUGAUGAUGAUGAUGAUGAUGAUGAUGAUGAUGAUGAUGAUGAUGAUGAUGAUGAUGAUGAUGAUGAUGAUGAUGAUGAUGAUGAUGAUGAUGAUGAUGAUGAUGAUGAUGAUGAUGAUGAUGAUGAUGAUGAUGGAGCAAUUCAACAUUGUGAUUGUGCUUCUUGGUAUAGAGUCAUUCAUCUACAAAAUUGCCAUGCCCCCUUAAAAAGCUGCAGCAGGUAGCAAGUACCCAAUGUAAAACAGUGGGAUUGUAAGUCAAUUAAACAUGAAAACUUGUCUGAGGCGGAUUUUACCAUUUGUACGAUUUUUUCUAAUUUGCGUAUGUCCUUUUCAAGAGCAGGACAAGCUUUCGAGUGAUCCCUUUUUCCUUAUUAUCAAUAGCAUUAAAAGCAUCCUGUAUCUGAAACCAUGGAGAAAUCCUUGAUCAGUAAAUUGAGAACAUUGCAUGCAAAAUCGCAUAGAAAGAUCACGCACGUUUUCCUGAAUUACUCGAAGGAAACUAACGUAGCAAAAUGCGUACGCUCAGCCAGGAUUUGCUUGCUAAGUAAAAACGAAAAGAAACCUGGGAUAUAAAUGUGAUGACUGGAAAUUGACCUCUUGCCGCCUGACGUUUCGGAUGUAUGCUCAAAGUUAUCAUCAGGGACGCCAUUCUAUACGUCAGUUAAUGCAUAGGAGGUGGCAGUUAUCAUCACGCCAACAUCUAACGCGGGUGAUGGAACUGCAACGCCUGCCUAGUCGAAUGUAGGUCAUCAAUCAUUGCACUAAAGACAGUCAUAUUAGAUGAAAUAUAUGUUGUAAAUUUUUAUAAGUAUGCAGUAACAUAGCGAGUGCAUCCUAUUAUUAUCAUAACCUCUUGUACAGGAAUUACUUGUAUCUCAUAUUGUCUUUUAUUAUAGAUUCGAGUAUGAAUCCGAAGCAUUAGAGAAAUUAAGCUCUUGUUCGGGCGACCGCGUUUGCUUUAUAUCACUGUUCAAAAUGGCAAUUCAGUGAUGAGUGUACCCGCCUCGUGAUGCUAAAUCGUUGGUGAACACAGCUCCAGGCGUCUCCUCAUCUUCAGCACUUUGCCUGAGUUCUCUUCCCCAAAACUACUUUCGCGAAAGUCGGCAUGGUUGGGUUUUUUAUCGAAUUCCGAAUGCCUCUGAAGGCGUGACAAAAACGGCUGUUAUGACUCUUUUGGGUUUAUACGAAUUUUUCGCAUGCCAUUUGACUUCCGAAAUGCUUGACAGACAUUGUAACCGUUCACUGAUAACGUUCUACGCGUGAUAGAUGCCAGUCAAAAGGCUGAAGAACAUCUCCAACAUCUUGCUCUGCUGAUCAACCGUUUCCCGCGGCAUGUCCCAGAAUCCUGAUAAAUGCGUUUUAGAAGCCACCUCUCUUGAGUUCUUAGGUCAGUUGCCUCUCUCCCAAAAGGUCGUUGUCAUUGCCGAUAACUACAGUAGGUGGGUUAACUCAUGAAAUGUCAACCGAAAUUCCUAAAUGCGUUUUCGUUUCGAAAAUAUUAUUUAAGUAGUGUCGUAAAACUUAUCAGCCUGCAACAUAAUUCUAUAAUAAUUCAGUUACCUCAGGAUGCCGACGUGCGAACGAACAUUUCUCCGGCUGCUUAUUCGGUAGAUAAUAACGUCUUCUUCCAAUUUUAUACCCGAAGGAAGGGUAUAAUUCGGUCUUCAAAAACUUCUCUAGUUCCCGAAUAAGGUUGAACCCGCUCUACCGUUACACUUAGAUUCAGGGUUUCCAAACUACAAACCGUGUGUUUUCCGCGUUCGGAAAACCAAACAUUUCUCUACGGUAAUAAAGGGGAAUUAUAUAGGGUUCAUACAAUUUAGCAGUGGAUUUGAUCCAUACUGUUAACUUUUAAAGCCACAUUGGUAAAUGGAGAGACAAGACGAUUUAUGAACGGCCACUUCACGGCACUAAAGUGUCUCACAAUGAAAACCUUUUUUAAAACCGACUUAUGUCCCUACUUCAAUUAAAAGAUAAGAAGAACACGUAAUUUUCUACCGAAUGAGUAAAAGAGUAAAUAUUUUUAUCUACGGUUUCCAUGACGUAUAAUUGGACUUUUGGGAACAUCGAAAAUCAAUGAGAAAAAUUUAUGCUAUAUAUGUACUCAUUUUUUCCAAAGUAUAGUUUUUGCAUGCAGACGGAAAGAAAUUCAUUCGUGAACCGGCAUCCCGAGGUAACUGGAACAUUAUAGAAUUAUAUAGCAGGCUGACUAGAUUUACAAACCUACUUAAUUAAUCUUUUCGAAACGAAAACGCAUUUCGGAAUUUCGGCUGACAUUUCGUGAGUUAGCCCACCUACUGUACCUCCAAGCCUCAACUGUAGUGGUUCCACAGUAUGGUGAAUUUUAUUCGUCGGUUCCUCCUGAACUGUGCCGACACCAUCCUCCCACUGAUCAGUCUUCUCGCAGGUGCUAAGCGCACUCUUGAACUUACACCAGCAGCAAUUGAGUCAUUUCAGCAGGUAAAAGUCCUUUCGACUGAUGCCACACUCUCACACUGACGCACCCACCUCGCUAAUGGUCGAUGCUUCCAAUGUUGCUGGCGGUGCAGCCCAUCAACAGUGCCUCCCAUAUCUGAUUAUUCGUUUGUCUUUUUCAAGGAAACUAUUCAGCGCCGCUAUAGCACAUUCGAAGACGAAGAUGUGAUCACUGGAACAAGAAAUUUAUCGUCCCGACGUUUCGGAUGCUCACUUAAAUCCAUCAUCAGCGACAGACGCAGGUAAGGGUAAUGAAGGCAUAAAGGCUGCAGUUUUUAUAGGACGUGGCUGCCGUGGAGCCAUAUGCGCACUGUAAUUAACAGCUCUCGCACUCACUGCUGGGGUCGUAAUUGAUGCGAUGCUGGCUUGCCAGUCCGCGUCCGAGUCGUUAAUGGCCGUGAGUUCGUGAUUCGUACUGGAUGCUGACUGUCUCUGGAACUGUUGUUUGCUCGCGCCCUCCCCACGUGACUGAUUCUCCUGCCCAGGGAAAAUCUCAGCACAGAAUACGGUAAGGAGAGGUCAUUGCGCUUGUUGAUGGAUUGCGGGCCUGAGAACCAUGACUCGAACAGCUCGCGGCUCACGCGAUCAUCACCCCUUGGAAAAUUUCAACCUUCUGAAAAUAUGGCCGAGUCCCGUCGAAUAAGCCGUCACCUGAGAGCUAGCGUCUCUCCGCCUCACUGCUGCUGCGUGCUCGGCAAUCCGCGUACGGAAUAAUCUCCCAGUUUCUCCGACAUAGUUGCUUUGUCCGGAACUGCACCAGAUCCGGUAAACGACUCCAGACGUUUCUUGCAGUGGCAAUGGGUCUGUCGGCCUCAUGAAUUGGCUCCUGGUGGUUGAUUCCGCUUGUGUGCAACCCCAACUCCAAGUCGAGUGAGAAGAUGACUGAGGGCUUCCGAGACGUUCUUCACGUAUGGAAGAGAUGGCCAACAUUUGCGGCCGGUUGGGUUUGGUCUCCGGUGUCGUUUUCGUAUGCACUGGUUGACAAAGUUGCGCGGGUAGCCAUUGGCUCUCAGUAUCCGUCGAAGAUAUUGUAAUUCAUCAACGGUGUCUUCCAUGUCACUGCAGUGCGUCUCAACGCGCCGGUAUAGCGCCCUUGCACAUACGCCCCUGGCGAUCGGGUGAUAACUGUUGAAGUUUUUGGCUGAAACGAGCCUGUGACCGAAACUUCAGGCCAAUGAAUUGCUUGCUACAGUGAUCACAUCUUCGUCUUCUGAACUGCUACCUGGAACUCGCCUGUUGCUUCUAUCAGCACAUUCGAACAUGAGCAUCUUACCAUUUAUGUUGUCGUGAAGCAAUCCCGGUAUAGCCCGGAAGACGGACAGUUCACAAUAUUGGCAGGCCAGAACCCGCUUACGUUCGCUUUGCAUUCUCAAUCCUUCAAACUGAACCCUUGGGAGAUCCGUCAAUUGAACUACUCUGUGCAAUUCAAUUUAGACACCUGCCAGAUCGACGGGUCACGGACUGAGGCGGCUGGCCAACCCUCCAUCGCUAAUCUCCAGUUUCCUCCUUGCUGAGAUGGCCUCUGAGCAACGUCGUGUUGAUCCCUCCCUGUGA